GACAAAUGUGUCUCCUUUUUCGAUGAAGAAGAGCAUUGGUUAUUUAAUUUAACUUGAUUUCGGCGUUGAUGGGUAUGCGCCGAAAGAUGAAUCACGUCAUAUUUAUUGCAUCCCACUUCCUUCUUGUUCUUCACCCAGGUCCGCACAGCCGAUAUAGAACGAGUCGAGGAACCCGUACGUUUUCACUUUGGUAAAAUGUCAGGUAGAGGGAAAGGAGGGAAGGGGUUGGGCAAGGGUGGUGCAAAGCGGCACCGUAAAGUCCUCCGUGACAACAUUCAAGGCAUCACCAAACCUGCUAUACGCCGUUUGGCUCGCCGGGGUGGUGUCAAGCGUAUUUCUGGUCUAAUCUACGAGGAAGUGCGCGGAGUUUUGAAAGUUUUCCUUGAGAAUGUGAUCCGGGAUUCUGUAACCUACACGGAACAUGCGAAACGCAAGACCGUGACUGCUAUGGACGUGGUGUAUGCACUGAAACGUCAAGGGCGUACCUUGUAUGGGUUCGGAGGCUAAAAGGUAAAUGUGAGGUAAUUGAAAAAAACAGGUUCUUUUAAGAACCACCACAUUAUUAUAAAAGACCGAUAACAAUUCAGCUGCUUGAACAUCAAAUUAUCUACUACACGCGGUAUAACAUUAAAU